AUGAAUUUUCGAAUUUCUAGAGGUGCGUUUUUGAAGUAUGCCUGUUACGGUCUACUCCCGGUCCAUUUCAUCCUCCUCGUCGUCUCCGAUCUGGUGAUGGGCAUCGAGUAUUAUCGUGGAUUUUCUGAUCAUGGGAAAAAUGGCUUCCAAAAAUCGAAAUUAAAUGUUUCACUUCCGCUGUUAAUCGCUAUGUAUUGCAUGGUAAUUUCUGGGGUUCUUCUCUACUGCACGGCAGCCGUUUUGACAUGGAUAGGAUUCCGGCGGAGGAUUCGAGGGCUCGCCAUGGCUUAUAUUAUUUAUUUGGGCGUUCAACUGUUGACAUGGUUCGAUAUGGCGGUCACCGGCCUCGAAGAAGAUUUGAAUUCCUUUUUCUGGCUUGGCCGAAAUCACGACAAUGCUAAUUUACGCUCAAAUAAACAACGAUCUCAUAAAUCUUCUCAAUAC